AUGAAGCGGGGAGGCUACCGUCAAAUCAACAAGGCGCUGAAUAUAAGCGUCUUUGAAGAUUAUCUCGACACUCAACAAGACCACUUGCCAAAGCUAAAAGAUGUCGAUCAGAUCAGCCCUCGAGUUAUUCGAGUUCUAGGUCAAAAUGUAGGAAAGUUUACCCUACAGGGAACGAACACCUAUAUUGUCGGGACAGGUCGUGAGAGGUUACUCAUUGACACUGGCCAAGGGAUUCCCGAAUGGGCCGACCACAUUGUAUCGACAUUGACGGAAUUUUCCAUUAGAGUCUCUCAUGUACUCCUCACUCACUGGCAUGGGGAUCAUACUGGUGGUGUCUCCGAUUUGAUUCGUCUGUACCCUGAUCUAUCCGAAUCGAUCUUCAAAAACACACCCGGUAAGGGUCAACAGCCCAUUACGGAUGGCCAAGUUUUCCAGGUGGAAGGCGCAACCAUUCGCGCGUUGCAUUCCCCUGGACAUUCACACGAUCACAUGUGUUUCAUCCUUGAGGAAGAGAAUGCGAUAUUCACCGGGGACAAUGUUUUGGGACAUGGCACGAGCGCGGUGGAGUUUCUUGGUACUUGGAUGGCUUCUUUGCGACUCAUGAAUUCAUAUAAAUGCCAACUGGGCUACCCUGCUCAUGGUGAGAAGAUUGUAGAUCUUCCUGCAAAGAUAUCGGCAGAGCUCGACCAGAAAGUGAGACGGGAAGCUCGAAUUUUGCGGACAUUAAAGCGUAUGAAAGAGGAAGAACAGAACAAGGGACGAGGAAAGGGAAGUGUAACUAUUCGGGAGUUGGUGACGGCGAUGCAUGGGGAGGAUCUGGAUGAGGAGGUUCGCAAAAUGGCCUUGGAGCCAUUGAUCAAUGAAGUUUUGGUCAAGCUGGCCGAGGAUGAACGCGUCGCCUUUGAAGUCCGGAGGGGCGAGAAGAGGUGGUUUGUCGUGAAUGAUGCAACAUUUUCUUCAUAA